AUGAAGUUCACUAUCCUCCUCACCGUGGCCUCGUCCCUGGCCAUCACAACAGCCAAAACCUACAACUGGACCAGAAGUUCCUGCAGCCCCAACGGCGGCCAAAUCUCCAUGCAGGCCUGGAUCGACCACUCCCGUGAACUCUGCACGCGUAUCGGCGGUUCCCCUCAGGGCAUCUACAGUGACCAGGUCGUCUGUGAGGCCCCGGGUACCUUUGUUCCGAGACGCCUCUCGGCGACGUUUGAUGGCAAGAGUUACCAGUGCUGCAUUUCUUGCUCCGGGGAUGAGAGGGGGAGCUGUUAA